AUGACAGAUGCUGUCGGAGAAAGUGAUCUAGCGGAUAUGAAAAAGGAUGAGGAGCCUUCGCAUGUAAAAUCAAAUAUGGGAGGUCAUGUAGUCGCUGAAUGUACUUCGACAACAUCUUCAAAUCAGGCCGAAGAUGAUCAUGCCGGAUAUUGUGUUAAUGAGCAAGCAGAGGGAGAAAGUAGCGGUGCUACAAAUGAUUCUCAGCAAAGGAAGCUAAGGCUAGCAGUUGCUGGAUGCGCACAUGGUGAAAUGGAUAAGAUCUAUGAAGUUUUGGCUGAGAUAGAACAGGAAAAAGGCUAUAAAUUUGAUCUACUUAUCUGCUGCGGUGAUUAUCAGUCGGUGAGAAAUUAUGGAGAUCUUCAUCAUAUGCAUGUAAACGAAAAGUAUAGAUCAAUACAGACAUUCUACAAGUAUUAUUCGGGUGAAAAGACUGCACCGAUACUCACAAUUUUUGUUGGCGGGAAUCAUGAGGCUUCCGGAUAUUUGGCAGAGUUACCUAACGGAGGCUGGGUCGCGCCUAAUAUAUACUACAUGGGAUUUGCAAAUGUUAUAAGGUUUGCUGGAUUACGGAUAGCUGGCCUAUCUGGCAUAUACAAUGGGAGGGAAUUUAAUCGAGGACAUUAUGAACGCCCGCCAUACAAAGAUCGGAGUGAUAUUGUUUCCUCGUAUCAUGUUCGGAAUAUUGAUGUGUGGCGAUUAAAACAGCUAAGACCAGCUGACGACGACAGCACCAGCAACCCUGUAGAUAUUAUGGUCAGCCAUGACUGGCCCGCUGGGAUCGUAGACUUUGGCGAUAAAGAUUGGCUGCUUAGGGUUAAACCGUUUUUCGCUGACGACGUCAGCAAUGGAAAGCUAGGAAAUCCUUCCACUAUGCAGUUACUUUAUGAUAUUCGACCCAGAUAUUGGUUCGCGGCGCAUUUGCAUGUAGCAUUUGCUGCUCUGGUAGCUCACGAUGGUAAGGAUGGCUCUGCUGGGGCGAGUCCGACAAGAUUCUUGGCUCUAGAUAAGCCUAUACCGAGGAGGCAGUUCAUACAGGCUUUGGAACUAGACAUAGCUGAGGAUGCCGAACUCAAACUGACAUAUGACCCGCAAUGGCUAGCCAUUUUGAAGAGCACAGACAGUUUCACUACAAUAACUCGCUCAAACGCCUAUUUGCCUUCUGCUCACAGCAACGAGCGAUGGGACUUCCGACCCACCGAUGAGGAAUUAGCGAGCAUUAGCAAGCUUGGAGACCUGAGCAUACCGGAAAAUUUCCAACAAACUGCGAAACCACUGCUAAAGGACACACCAGAAGCGAGAAAUGCGCAUUCAACCCCAUACUACAGAAAUCCACAGACGGCUGAAUUCUGCUCUUGGUUGGGCAUUCAGGAUCUAAACAAGAUGCUUGUGGAUAGGGAUUCUGACAGUGUCGACAUCGCACAUUAUCUGGUGGAAAAUAGUACGGAUGACAGCGAGAUUCAAAUUGACGAGGAAAUUUUCGACGAUGGCGAGGACUUCGUGCUUGACACGCGUCCAACACCAGAUACGCUUCCAUCACCGAAAACUCCACGGGACGCCCCAGACGAUCCUCUGAAUGACUUUGUUCCACCUAAACUCACUCCCAAAACAACUAAGGAUGCAUUACCAGAUAUUUUAGAUGAUUUUUUACCUCCAAAAAUCACACCAAAAAGUAGAAAAGAUGAUAGUAGUGAUGAAGUUGUUUUUAAACGUCGUAAAGUUGAUAUUCCCGAUGAGGAAUGAGCCGUGCCACAACUUUUUACCUUGAUCAAUACUACCUCAUUCGUUGUUGAUCUUGUCAAGUGUUUGUUGCAUUUGGAUC